AUGCUGGGGACGAAUUCGGCGUUCGCGAGCGCGGGGGUGGUGCUCGCGGGACGGGAAUUGGUUCGGGACGGGGACGACGGCGAUCGAGGAUACGGCUUGCGAACGGCGGAAGAGGCGCGAGCGAGGGCGUACGUAGAGGAAGAGCUGAAACGACGGCGCGGGGAGGUGGUCGAGGACGACGCCGAGGCGAGCGGGGCGGCGGCCGCGGGGGGCGACGAUAAUCGAGGCGCAGAGUCUUGGCUCACGGCGAUCGAAGAGGUCGACGUCUCGGUCGAACGAAGGAUGCAAAACAUAGAGGAGACGGAGCGGGCGAAGCGGGCGAUGUUAGACGGCGCGCGUCCGGGCGAACUCGGUGCGUUCGAUGCGCUAAAACCGAGUCACAUGGAAUUGAAGGAGGCGAAGAAGCGACCGCCGCCGAGCGAAACCGCCCUCGCGCGGCGUCAAUUCGUCACUGGAUUCGGCGCUAAGCGUGAGCGUCAAGAGGCGAGCGAGGAGUCGAGGCGCGAGAAGGAGCGCAGGAAGAAUUUCUUCAAGAAGAAGCGAAAUAAGAGAUGA